AUUAUUAUGUGAGUUUAUUAGAAUGCUAGAAUGUUGCUCGGCCUCGUUGUGGGCUUAUGCAAUUUGAUCCUAGUCUAAAGAGGCGCUCGAGCACUGGGAGUACACGGCCUACGAUGCGAACCCUGCUUCUGAGGCGUCUUUCUACUCUCUACUUCUGCUGCCUUCUCUUGGCUUGCUCAGCCUCAGUCAGGAGAGUUGCCUCUCCUCACCUUGGCCUUCGGUCACCACCUACUCUACCUCCAUUCAGCUUCCUCAGCCUCAGUCAGAAGAGUUGCCUCUCCUCACCUUGGCCUUCGGUCGCCACCUACUCCUCCUCCAUUCAGCUUCCUCAGCCUCAGUCAGGAGAGUUGCCUCUCCUCACCUUGGCCUUCGGUCGCCUCCUACCUUCUCUCCUUACCUUGAGCUCAGCUCAAGCUCGGUACGGGCUCGCCCCGUCUUCUUCCUCGCCCUCGCCUUGCUCUUCCUCCACUGUCUUCCUCUUCUUCGUCAUCUUCCCUCAUCUCCACUCGCAGUCGGUCCUUCUUGUCCACCUUCAGCGAGCAGGCCAGCACAUGCAUCUCUGCGAAUUUACUCAGUGCUAUGAACAGGAAGCUAAGAGAUCGACGGCUCUAUGUCGUCGCUCUCCGCCUCCUGCUCAAGCUCAGCAGCUGCCGUUGCCCGUGGCGAGAACGCGCUGCCCCUCCUUGCCUUCUUGCUCUCUCCUUGCACGCGAGUCCAGCGCUUGCUCUGCAGCCACUUCCCCAGCUUCUCCUUG